CGAGCAGAGAAAACGGCAGGAAUAACAAAAUGACAUCCGAAUAGUGAACGAAUGAUAGCGGCACCGUUGACUCCGCUUGGCGAAGACUGAAAUGAUACAGUGGCCGGAGCGGAGGUGAUGUUUAGAAUCGCGUUAGCUCUCUUUUCGAACAGCACGACAGGGAACGUGCCGCCGAGAUUGGUAACGGAAUUGUGCUAGUUUAGUGCUGAAAUAAAUUGUGCGAAAAAACUUAAGCUAUGGAAUUCCUGCCACGCUCCUACUCUACAUUGUAUUUUAUUGAAAAACGAAACUCGCUUGUUAUGCGGGUUAUCGUAAAGUGCAACUGAGUGUUAUCUGUGCAACGGUGCAAAAAUAGUAAUUCAACGAAGGAAUGGUCUUGUAACUUUGUUUCCACCGAACGCUGGAACAAACAUCGGAACCACCGUUCAAACGUAAUUUCCUACUCGAAACAAAACGGUCAUCACGGGCCCCUAAAGCGGAAACUACCCUCAUAACUAUGAAGAUAACCGAUCUUGGGCUUCGGAAUGGCAAUCAGCCGCGAACCUUUAUCACACUUCUCUUCGGCACGGUUCUCGGUUUUAUGUUUGCAACAUUUAUCACGUCUUCGACAGUGCGCCAGCAACCUUGGCUACCAGAGUACUACCAUCAACGUGAAGCGCCGUCAGUUGCCAGCGAUCCGCAUACGGGUCACGAGCUGCGGGACGCUGCCGGUCCCGAGAAGGAAGUUGGCAGCCAUGGGUCCCACGAAGAAGUGCACGCACACGAAAAUUCCUCUCUGGCCCAGCAACUGCAGCGCGAGGUUCGCGUCCUGUGCUGGGUAAUGACAAACCCGAGCAAUCACAAGAAAAAGGCACUGCACGUAAAACGUACCUGGGCGGGUCGUUGUAACAAGAUUUUGUUCAUGAGCUCGGAAAAAGACCCGCUGCUCGACUCAAUUGCGCUGCCCGUGGGCGAAGGGCGUAACAACUUGUGGGCGAAAACGAAGGAAGCCUUCAAGUACAUCUAUCAGCACCAUCUGGACGAUGCCGAUUGGUUCCUAAAAGCGGACGAUGACACCUACGUGGUCGUGGAAAAUCUGCGUUACAUGCUGUACUCGUACUCACCGAGCUUCCCGAUCUACUUUGGCUGCCGUUUCAAACCGUUCGUCAAGCAGGGCUACAUGUCAGGCGGUGCCGGUUAUGUGUUGAGCAAAGAAGCAGUCAAGCGCUUUGUUGAGGAUGCACUGCCUAACCCCCAGUGUCGCCAGGACGCGGAUGGAUCGGAGGAUGUCGAAAUUGGCAAAUGUCUGGAACUGGUGAAGGUUCUGGCCGGUGAUUCGAGGGACGCAGUGGGACGGGGACGGUUUUUCCCAUUCGUGCCGGAGCAUCAUUUAAUACCGAACCAUGUUGGAAAUGAUUUUUGGUACGUCCAAUACGCUUACUACAAAGCGGACGAGGGCCUCGACUGUUGUUCGGACAAUGCCAUCUCAUUUCACUAUGUGUCGCCAAACCAGAUGUACGUACUAGACUAUCUUAUCUACCAUUUGCGGCCAUACGGUAUCGUGGGCCACGCGCAACCUCUGCCAAAGAAGCUCAGCCUGAGUGAUCUAGUACGGGUAGACGAUUUGGGGAAAACAACCACAAAACCAUCAACGGCGCAACAGCAGCAGCAGCAGCAGCAGACCGGGGCUGUUGCGGUCGAUACAACAGAAGAAGCAAAAAGUGACGAAUGGGGAUACCAAAGCUAAUGUACCAAAAAUCUAACUCGAAAAAGCGGAUUGCAACAAGUAGUGCUAAGUACCAAAAACCUAAGAAGGAACUUCACCAACAACGUCAACAAGUAGAGUGAAUUCAUCGGGUCUUGAAGGAUGGCCAGGCCUGGUGAUACUUCGAUUUCACUUGAAAAGAAUGUCAUUUAGUUUUGUAAGCUUAUGCUAAGCUAUCGAUAGUAAGCGACACGCCAAAUCGCGACGUGCGAAGUGGCGCAGGAUUUUGCCACUGGCUCUUUCCUUUCCCUUUUGUUUUAUGUUUGUUUGUGUAUGUCAUGCCUUGGUCUUUUGUGUGAUAUGGAUACUCAAUCUAUUUUUUUCUCUCCAAGUUUGAAGCAGAAUGCAUCCAAGGGAGUCUGUAAUGUUGGCAACAGUGCCAUUACGAAAAAGAACGUAGAAGUAAAAGGCUGAAUUUAGAAGGAAAAUUUCGCAUCACGCAACGUCUAAUUUACUUUGAACAACAACGCUUUACGUUUUAUGUUUUACAAAGUCCGCUGAGGCACAAAGGUUUUAACACAAGCUGAUCGAUUUCACAUCAAAAACUUUUUUACGUUUUAUACUUUACGGACCGUGUGGCC